AUGUCUAUUACUCAAGGAACCGGUCAACUCAAGAAAGUAACUAUCAACGAUGGACGGCCUGCAGCAGCAAAACCUGUGAUGUGGACAGCAAUGCAUUGCACCACGCUCAAGCUCUCACAACCUGUCUGUAAUGCUCAAUACCACGAAGGUGUCUCGUUGAUUCUUGGCAAUGGCAAGAAAGCAUCCUUGGAAGGCCAUAUUAUUUUCAACGACCCUUCAACAUCCCACACAGCCAUUGGGUGCAUUCGCGAGAUUUUGAUUUUGAACUCUAACAAAGCUGUGAACCAUGUCGCUGUUCAGAAAUUUGCUUUUGGACCUGUUUUGCAUCCUUCGCUUCACCUCCCCACUCUCAAGCUCACAGAACAUGAGGUUGUUAUUAGCCCACAAACAUCAUUGAGGGUCGAUAAUGCAACAGAGGUUCAUUUAGUGGCAGCUCGUCAAAUCCAGGAGAAGAAAGCAGCCAAGAAAUCAGGUGAAACACCAGAUACUGAGCUUUCGAGCGCAUUGCGCGAUGCCAUAGCUGAUGUUCCUGCAGUAUUUGACCGUCCAGCAGCGAAACAAACCAAGAAAAUGCAGAAAGCAAAAGACAAGGCACCUCUGCCGCAGCCGGGUCCACGACAACCCACAAUCACACAGGCAGCCGCGUCUUCGAGUUCUCAUCUCCCAGCACCCAUGCCUUCUCAUCUCCCAUCACUACAUCUGCCUGCUACUGUACCUUCACAGAUGCAGCAUUCCCUCGUACCCCCAUAUAGCGCUCCCCAUUUACAUAACUCUUUGCAGUCACCCCCAAUGGUAUUGACGCAGCAAUCAUCUCCCACACUCGGUCCACCUAGACCUCUCCCUUCUCAUCCUUGGCCAUCAAACUCACCUUCCAUGGUGCCGCCAAUGUAUCCUGGGCAAUAUGGUGUCCCACCAUAUCAGUACUCUUUGGGGCCAGCUCUUCCAAAUCCCUCAUACCCUCCCCCCCCCUCCACCCUCCCUUCACCCCCCCAUUCACAACAACUGCCAUAUGGACUUCCCUUGCAACCUUCCGUGCCAGUGAUGACCUCACACAUCUGGCACCCUCAGGCUCCACAGUCCAAUAGAUGGUACUAG